CGACGCUGCGUUCACCAGUCAGUCGCUCGCUGACCGUCACUAGGGCAGGUAGAUCGAUUGUUGUCAUCGUGAUGUCGGAAGUAUUCAAACUGGGUGAUCUAGUAUGGGCGAAGAUGAAGGGAUUCUCACCGUGGCCCGGCCGGGUCUCAGUUCCCUCGAAGGAUCUAAAGAAGCCCGCAAAUACUAAAAAGGGACCAGUACAGUGUAUUUUCUUCUUUGGGACAAAUAAUUACGCUUGGAUAGAAGAAACCCACAUUAAACCAUACCAAGAGUAUAAAGAUACUCUAGUAAAAUCUAGCAAAUCUGGCGCUUUCAAAGAUGCAGUAGAAGCUAUAGAAGAAUUUAUCGCUAAAGGAGAGGUGUUUGAAGAUGGUUUGGAUCCGGAUUCUUUGUUUGACAAACUUAAAGAAGAGACUUUGACUGAGAAGAAACCUGUCGUCAAAACACCAAAACCACGCAAGGAAGCAACAAAAACUCCUAAACGAUUAAGCGAUAGCAGUACAGGUGAUCGCCGACCUGCUAAAAAGCAGCGUAGGGAAUCAAAUACCAGCAAUAGCAACAGAGUUGGCAGCGUUAGUCCUACAUUGAAUCAUUCUACUCCUGCUAGAAAAACAGGCUCACUUCUAAACAGACCGGCAAAUAUCGCCAGACCUGUUACACCGCCUUUAGAUGUAGAAACAAUGUCUCAAACCCUUAAGGAGAAGAACAUCCUCCCGUCGAAGCUGAAAUUUGGUUUCCUUGGACUCGGCAUUAUGGGUAGCGGAAUCGUGAAAAAUUUGAUCAACAGUGGUCAUAGUGUGAUCGUAUGGAAUCGGACGCAAGAAAAGUGUGCAGAUUUUGUAAAAGCAGGAGCAGAUCAAGGCUUGACACCAUCUGAUGUUGUGAUGGCUGCUGAUAUCACCUUUUCUUGUGUGGCUGAUCCACAGGCUGCCAAAGAUAUGGUGUUUGGCAAUUGCGGUGUUCUGACGGAGAUAUCUCCUGACAAGAGUUAUGUUGAAAUGACUGGCAUUGACGCAGAAACAUCUCAGGACAUUGCCGAAGCGAUAAACGGCAAAGGGGGUCGUUAUUUGGAGGCACAGGUGCAAGGAAGCAAAACCCAGGCACAGGAAGGCACUCUUGUCAUUCUCGCUGCCGGUGAUCGGUCGCUCUUUGACGAAUGCCAAUCUUGUUUCGAAGCUAUGGGCAAGAACAGCUUCUAUCUCGGCGAAGUCGGCAAUGCUUCCAAGAUGAAUCUCGUGCUUCAAUUAAUGGCCGGCGUUACUUUGGCUGCUUUAGCAGAAAGUAUGGCACUCGCAGACCGCGCAGGACUUCAACAGAAAGAUGUUUUGGAAGUUCUUGAGUUGACCUCUUUAGCGUGCCCGGCAAUUCUUGAUAAAGGCAAAGCAAUCAUCGAAGGCGGUUUUCCAACCCAACUGCCGCUGCAACAUAUGCAGAAGGAUCUGAGAUUGUCUUUGGGCAUGAGCGAUCAAUUGGAACAGCCUCUUCCGUUGGCUGCUGCGGCGAAUGAAGUGUACAAGCACGCGAAACGUCUCGGAUACGGCGAACAUGACGCUUCAGCCGUUUAUAUUAGAGCCAGGUUCUAACGCAGCAUAUGCUUCGUGUUGUCACCGAGCUUCUGCUACACCGUAUUUAUUGCGAUACCUGACGUUAUUUCCCGCCGCCACCUGAGGAGAAGAAAGAGAGAGAAAGAGUAGUACGUACUUUAACAAGAUACUCGACUUGGUCUGCGACUUUAAGAUAUACCAUACAAUCAGAUUUGUGCGUACAUCUAUAAGAUUUUAUGGAAGAUACAAAAUGCAUUUUAGAAAUAAAAAGAGCGCAAAAUCGCAGAAGAAUUUCGUUGACGCGCGUCGAGGAAAAAAAUAUUGCAAUUAUUUGCAAAAUAAUCUUAUCGCAUAUUAUGACAAUGAUAAUUUCAGUGAUUUCAAUGAUUACAGAAAUAUCUUUUUCCUUCUGAUACGUUUCGUUACGCGUUUUCCAUGUGCUUUUUCAUGAAAGAAAUAUUUUUCUUGAUGUCGGCUCAUUUGAUGAUCGAGCUUCCCGAGUCGCGUCUCGACUUCGAUCGCGUGAGAGAAGCUAAGCCUUUGGCUCAGUUUCGAGAGAUUCGGGACGUGUCGGAAAUAUGUGCCUUACGAUACGGAUUGAAGGAAGAUUUAUUAAUGUCAUGUCACGGUAAUGUCAUCAUAUGAAGUAUGAAAUGCGUUGAGAAUCGUGAUGACAAUGAGAACUGAUGACAAUGAACACAUUGUAUCGGCAUGAGAUUAUCUUAACAACAAACUGACAGAUUCGCCGACGUUGAUUACAGUUUUGAUGAUAAUCACAAACAUUUCAUGGUAUACUUAUAAAGUUAGAUGACAAUGAAUACUUCUAAGAUAUUGUCAUUAUUAUCAUAUAAUUAAAAAAUUGGUGUACUACUAUAUGAGUUGGACAAUAUUUUAGAAAUAUUUAAUUUGAUGAAUAACAGCAAGGAGAACUGAUUCUUCUAUGCAUACUUUUGUCUUCUGCAUAACUUGUAAUCUAAAAGAAUAGAUUUUAUAGAGGCACUUUUAUUUUGUAGUUUUUGAAUUUUUAUCUCGCACUUUGUAUAACAAAUAAAAGACAUAUAAUGUUGUUCUAUAUUAAAUAUUAAUUAUUAUAUUAAUGUUUCUAUUAUCAGAUCAGUAAAUUAUCAGAAAAAAAACUAAAGGCGACUAGUUAUUUUUCUAGAGAUACUUCAAUAAGUAUUAUAGACAGUGUACCAUCGUCAUUAAGUUUGUUUAUGCAGAAGAAUUCUGCAAUAUCGCCAGAAUUCGAGGUUUGAAUAAAAAAGAUUUCUGUUUGCGCUCGCUGAGUCGGCUUGCUUUUACGACGCUUCUGUUGAUAAGUCGAUAAAUAGCGCUUUUUAUCUUAAUCGAUAUAAUAAACUUUAGGAGAUAUCAGAUAUAUAGGAAAAAUAGGAAACGUUAUUUAGUAUAUUACACGUUGCGUUUCUUUUUCAACAAUGAUAUCAGCACAACAUCAGUUCUCCUCGAACAUCUGGUCUAGAAAACAUAAGUUAAAAUUUGCAUAUCUGCAAAAAAAUAUUUCAUUCUUAAUCUCUACUAUUCUACAAUAAUAAAAAUGUCGAUUUUCAAAUCAAAGAUGAGAUCUAAAUUAAACAUAAUAAAAUUAAAUUUGUUAAUAUAAUGCACAUUGAUGAAUUUUUACGGUUUAUUUUCCCAAACUGUCCCAAAUCGCAGCGCAAUUUAAUUGAUACACAAGGAUCUUUUUCCUUAAAAGCAUUGUGACAUCGCGUGUUCGACGGACAUCGACUUCUCGAAACAGUUUCUUGGGACGGUUGCCACGAUAACGUACCCCCCUCUCUCGUGUGCGAUCGUACGAUUUUCGCGAGAAUCUUUUUUGACGACGAAGAAGGAAAUGAGUGAGUAGAACGCUUCCAUUUUCUCAGGAUGGUUGUGUGAUUCUCAUAGGCAACACGCGAUGAAGUCGAGAGCGAUCAGAGGACCGCGAGUUGGCAUAGGAGAGUUGCGAUCGAGAAAAACACGAAUUUUCCCCGAUUUUAAUGUGACCAGACAUACCGUCGAUGUUGAAGAAAAAUAUAAGAAUCUUAAAAACA